UCUUUUUCUUGAACCCGGGUGGAAUGUGAGUUGAUAUUGUUUUCAAUGAAAAUUAAUCCGUUUGAAUAGUUAUAUAUUCAACAAAUUCUGUCGUGAAAAUACCAUGGCCCCCCCACAGCCGAAGCCUGUGGCCAAGCCCGCUGCGGCGAAGGCCGGCGGAGUUGCGAAGGCUAAAGUAGCUAAAGUUGCUAAAGUUGGCAAACCAAGGAACUACGACCUCGGAAAUGGAGUUCUCCGCUUCUCGAAAUCAAAGAUGUUCCACAAGAAGGCCAAGUACAAGUUUGUUGGCAAGAAGAACCCUAAAGCACCCAAGCCCAAAAAGCUGAGGACUGUGGUGAAACAGAUUGGUGGUGAGAAGAACGGAGGCACCCGUACCGUGCUGCUCAAGCGCAGGAAGUCUUUCUACCCCACGCAAGACAAGAUCCGCAAGCAGAGCGGCGGCAAGAGGUUCAGCAAGCACGUGCGCAGGAUUAGACCGAACCUAACCGUGGGCACGGUCUGCAUCCUGCUGGCCGGACGGCACGCCGGCAAGCGCGUGGUACUCGUCGGAGUGCUGCCCAGUGGACUCCUGCUGGUCACCGGACCGUUCGCGUUCAACGCAUGCCCCCUACGCCGGAUCCCGCAGCGUUACGUGAUCGGCACCUCCACCAAGAUCGACCUCAAGGACUUCAAACUGCCCGCACACCUUGACGACGCCUACUUUAAGAAGAACAAGAAGAGCGUCAAGCGCAGUGUGAAGCGCAAGGCCGGAGAGGACAUCUUUGCCUCUAAGAAAGAGAAAUACGUUCCAUCAGAGCAGCGCAAGACCGACCAAAAGGCGGUGGACGAGGCGGUGAUCAAGGCGAUCGGCGCACGCGCAGACAAGAAAACAUUGCGCGGGUACCUCAAGUCGGCCUUCGGACUCCGCUCCAGCCAGUUCCCGCACCGGCUGCGCUUCUAGAUUAAGGGAAUAAACAAUUAAAUAAG